ACGCUCCCGUAGUCAAGACGACUGUGUUUCCAGGUUCUAUCAACGAAGGCCACCAGGGUAGCGUAUCACUCACGUGCGAGACUGUAGACGGAAACCCUCAGAGCGUUCUUCGAACUCGCUGGUAUAAAAACAACGAACUUUUAAAAGAAGUGGAAGGAAAGGAGAUUGUCUGGAAGAAUGUGAACAGGAACGUGACGGCUAAUUACUCGUGUGAAGGGGAGAACAUUGCCGGAUGGAGUGGUCGGUCAGAGCCAACAGAGCUGGUGGUGAACUAUCUUCCGGGCCCUGCAACAGUGAUAAAACAAAGUCCUCCUGUAUUGAAAGGUAAUCCCACUACAUUAGAAUGCAGACUAGAAGAGAUGGGCCGUCCUUCGGCUACUGCUUUUCAUUGGGAGCAUUUCAACCAAAUACUUCCCGUUACGACCCACAAGCUGACGUUUGAGUUGAUAAAUCUCAGAGACAGGGGGAAUUACACGUGCUCAGCCGUAAACGCUGCUGGCAUUGGCCCAAGGGGGGAGAUCUACCUAUCAGUACAAGCGCCUCCUGCAGUUAUUGAAGAGUUACCGGAGAUGUACGGAGCGCCCUCUGACGCCACAACUGUCAGCAUGUCAUGCAGAAUCGAAUGUGAUCCACUAUGUGAGAUUGAAUGGCGUAAAAACGAAGACAAAAUAGCGGAUUCCAGUUUAUACAUAAUUAGGAGUUCAGUACUGCCAGAAGAUACACAGGCUGGCUAUUUCACCUCUGUCGUUAGCACGCUCCAGUGGAACUUGACGGCGUGGACACUUGACCGUGACCUUGAUAACGCCAACUAUACUUGUGUCAGUAGUGGAACAGCAGCGGGACCUGGUGUCAACACGUCUACGGAGUUUCGAGUGGAAUAUCCCCCUGAAAAUAUAACGCUAUCUGUGGAAGAACAAGAUGUUUUGGAAGGAAACAUCCCAGAGAAGGUUCACUGCUCAGCUAACUCCUGGCCACCUAGCGAGUACACGUGGAAGUUUUCCAAUAUAAUUAUUGGCUCCUCUUCGCAGCUUUUCCUUAAUUACUCCAUUUCCCGACAGAGGGCAGGGAUUUACGAAUGUUUGGCUAGUAACCGACAUGGUGAAGCAGUUGGGAAAACUUUCAUCAAUGUUUUGUAUAAGCCAGACUGUAUUGUUUACCAGGAUAAAAACAAAGAUGGAGACACUAGUCUAGUGUGUGAAGCACGAGCUAAUCCUUCGGAGGUAAAUUUCACUUGGAUUAAGAACAACGAAACGUUUGAGGAUUACAGUGUUGUAGAAGGAACAAAAAGCAUUUUGGAUUUGAGGACUUCUCUGGCUGAGCAUUAUGGGAAAUAUUAUUGUGUGGUGAACAACUCAAUAGGAGAGUCCGUUCCCUGUACUUUAGAACUUAAGUUUUUAGUGGCGGGCUGGGUACCAGAUUUUUGGGAUGAAAAUCUCCUUAUUACUGCCGCAGUUGUUGUUGCUGUUGUUAUAGUAUUUGGCAUCAUAGUCAUCAUUAUCAUCCUGAUGAUGAGACGACGAAGAAGAAGAACUCACGGUUCUGGUAGUUCAAAAAAAUCCAAGUCUGGUGGUGAUAUUUUGUAUCAAAACUCAGAGAAGAAGGAAAAUGGAAACGGGUCUCCACUGGCUGAACCAGAAAGCAAGCCGAUAUACGAGAACAGGAAGUUUUAUCUCAAAGGGCCCAAAGGGAAUCCUUCCUUACCUACUAAUAACGAAGGUUUGGUCUUUGCUGAUAUGUCUUUGCCCAAUAGACGUACAAACCCUGUCUUUAGGAAAAACAUACCCACAAAUUACACCACGUUGACGUUUGCCCAAGAAGGAGAUGACGUGGAUGAGC